AUGAGUAGAUCACCUUCUCCCGCGUCUUCAUUGGACUUUUUCGAAUCCGACCCAUCGUCCGGAGAAGAAGAAUAUGUGCCAAGAAGACGUCAACGUAAAGUUGGAGCUGCAGCAGGUGGAUCUAAAAAGGUAUCUGGAGGACCCAAUGCUGGUGGACCGAAGAUCAAGAUCAACCUCGCGGCAAUAAGACGUGCUCAAGACGUCGCUGGAGCACAUCCUGCUGAUGGGCCGGUAGAAGAGGAGGACUACGGCGUUGGAGACGACGAUGAUGAAGGUUAUUUCGAUGGAAUGAUUGGUAAACGUGGUGUCGACUUGUCGAAUCAAUCGUUAAAAUCGGAUCAUGCUUUAAGACCAUUAUGGGUUGAUGACACGGGGAACAUUAUCGUUGAAGCUUUCGCUCCUUUCGCAAAGCAAGCUCAAGACUUCUUAGUGGCCAUAGCUGAACCUGUAUCACGUCCAUCGCUUAUUCACGAAUAUCGAAUUACUAAACCUUCACUUCAUUCUGCUAUGUCCAUCGGUCUUGAAACCAAAGUAAUCAUAGAGGUUCUCUCCCGAUUAUCCAAAACACCGCUAUCACCACGAUUGACGGGUCGUAUAGAAGAAUGGACUGCCUCAUUUGGAAAAGUCAGACUUGUGUUGAAGAAUAAUCGAUAUUUUCUGGAAACAUCUGUACCGGAAUUUCUUCAAACAUUGAUGACGGAUGAAGUGAUUCGGGAUUGUCGAGUGACAGCAGAAGCCGAGGCUGGGCCGACUGUGUUUGGGGCAGAACAAACCGCUAGACCAAGAAGAGAUUAUGCUAUUCCUGGAACUGAAGAAGCUAGAAGAGCGGAAAGGGGAGAAAUCGAAGCGGGUGCUAUCGGUCAGCGGAAUAGAGAUAAUGACGAUUUGAUAGGAGCGGUCAUUGGAAUAGGGGAAGCUGACGAGAUGGACGACGAGGAUGAUGCGGUACACUCAUUCGAAGUUGCUGGAGAACGCAUGGAAGACGUAAGAAGACGAUGUAAAGAUAUAGAUCUACCCGCACUGGAGGAAUAUGAUUUCCGAAAUGAUGUCCAAAAUCCUAAUCUCGAUAUUCAGUUGAAACCCAUGACAGUCAUUCGACCGUAUCAGGAGAUGUCCCUGGCGAAGAUGUUUGGUAAUGGUCGUGCUAGAUCGGGAGUGAUCGUAUUGCCUUGUGGUGCGGGUAAAACGUUAGUAGGAAUUACCGCCGCUUGUACUAUCAAGAAGAGUGCUCUAGUAUUGUGUACUUCCGCAGUGUCCGUUGCACAAUGGAAGCAACAAUUCUUGCAUUUCUCCAAUAUCUCAGAGAGGCAGAUAUGUGCGUUCACUCAGGGUGAGAAAGAGAUGUUCACUACUCCAGCUGGUAUCGUUAUCUCAACAUAUUCGAUGAUUGCGAAAACUGGUAAAAGAGCUCACGACGCCGAGAAGAUGAUGCAAUUCUUACGGUCACGAGAAUGGGGUUUCUUGCUUCUUGAUGAAGUGCAUGUUGCUCCCGCAGAUAUGUUUCGAAAGUGUAUCAACAACUUCAAAGUGCAUGCCAAGCUGGGCUUGACGGCGACGCUUGUUCGAGAGGAUGACAGGAUUGGAGAUUUAGGGUAUUUGAUCGGACCAAAGCUAUAUGAGGCGAAUUGGAUGGAUUUAGCUAAAAACGGUCAUAUCGCCACGGUUCAAUGUGCUGAAGUAUGGUGUCCUAUGACACCCCAGUUUUAUCGAGAAUAUCUACGGAAGUCGUCUCGAAAACGAAUCCUACUCCACGCUAUGAACCCUAACAAGGUACAGGCAGCUCAGUUCUUGAUUAACUACCAUGAAAGUAGAGGAGAUAAAGUCAUCGUGUUCUCGGAUAAUGUCUAUGCACUUGAGGCAUAUGCAAAGAAGCUGGGUAAAUCAUUCAUUCAUGGUGGUACCCCCGAAGGAGAGAGAUUGAGGAUUUUGUCGAGAUUCCAACAUGACCCUCAACUGAAUACAAUCUUCUUGUCUAAGGUUGGAGACACAUCGAUCGAUUUGCCUGAAGCCACUUGUUUGAUUCAAAUUUCAUCACAUUUCGGAUCCCGUAGACAAGAAGCACAGCGUCUGGGUCGAAUCCUCCGGGCGAAACGAAGAAACGACGAAGGGUUCAAUGCCUUCUUCUACUCACUUGUCUCCAAGGACACCCAGGAAAUGUAUUAUUCAUCUAAACGUCAAGGUUUUUUGAUUGAUCAGGGUUACGCAUUCAAAGUCAUUACUGAAUUACAUGGACUCGAAUCUAUGCCAAAUCUCGUUUUCAAGACAAUCUCCGAGCAGAUCUCCCUACUUGAGGAUGUGUUAAAUACCAGCGAUGAUAAAGCAGAAACAGCCGAUCAUUAUAUGAGGUUAAAUAACGGGAAACUUAUGAAAAGGCCUGCUGGAACUCAACCGACUUUAUCGACAGCUGGGUCUAUGCCUGCUGUACAAAGAUUCACAGCUCCUUUGGAGCACCUUUCAGGUGGUCAAAACCUGUCAUAUAGAGAACAAAAUAAGUCGAUAAAUAAGGAAUUGGCAAGAGAUGAAAGACAAAACAAAAGGGAUAGAGUCGGUGGAAAUGGCAAAGAUCAACAUAAUCUCUUUAAAAAACGAAAACAGGAAAUGGACGCUAUCAAGAAACAACGUGCGACCGGUGUGUAG